UAUAUAAAGGUGUGUAAAUACAUGCGGUAUUUAUUGGCGUUUAUAUAGAUUAGGUCGAUAGACUAUCGGGCCGUCGACAGAAGACAUUGAGCGGGACUUUUUAAAAUUUUCACAAGUUGGAGAAUAAAAGAAAAGUAAAGGAUAUUUGUUGCGACGAAUCAAAAAAAAUAAUUACCUUCAUCAUAAUACAUGCAGUGUUGAAUCACAGACUUAAUUACAAGAUCCUCGUCACGGUUAACAUUCUAACUAAACAAGAACACAGUCAUUUUUUAUUCCAAUGAGUGUCCAGAUGAGCGAAAAAAGCACCCUCGAAAUGCUAGAGCCCAAAGAAAUCCGCGUGUCAGUACCUUGGGGCCACGUAGCGGCUAGAGCUUAUGGAUCACCAGUAGACUUUCCAGUAUUGCUGGUCCACGGAGUCCUUGAUAACGCCGGCUCCUUUCACCGACUGAUAUCACAUCUGCCGUCCAACUACUACUACGUAGCAAUCGACUUGCCGGGUCACGGUUUGUCGUCUCACUUCCCGACCGGUUUGCCCUUGAACUUUCUCAACUACGUCCUGGUCCUGAGGUACGUCAUAGAAGAGUUCAACUGGCCAAAACUACAUAUUGUGAGCCACAGUCUCGGCGCCCAGCUGUCCGUUUUCUACACUUUUAUAUACCCCGGACGUGUCCAGCGCUUGGUCGUUUUGGAGGGCUUUUAUCCGCGCGUCUUGUCAGAGCACCAAUUGUUGCCUUGGAUUAGAAAAACUUUGGACUCAGCCACCAAACAGGACACUCCCUGGACCUACACGCGCGAACAAGUUAUGCAUUCGCUAAAGUUCAAGAGAAACUUCGCGCUAAACAGCGCCGCGGCCGAGGCAAUGUUUGACAGAUCGGUCACGAAAAUCGGUAACGACAGCUAUCGAUACAAUCGUGAUCCGCGGCUCAAAACUUACUUUUUGCCCCUCUUAAGUCACGACCAGCUGAUAGGUCUUCUACAAAAGGUUGACGUCAAGAUUUUGGGAUUGUUUGCCCAAAGUUCGGCUGAAAUGUAUUUACCGAAAGCCGUGCGCGAGUCCGCGAAACUCGUCGAAGGCCUUCUCGAUGCCAAAAUAACUUUUGUGCCGGGUAAUCAUGACAUGCACAACAAUCACCCCGAGCGAGUAGCGCCUUACAUAAUCGCAUUCCUGCGUGAUAACAAUCUAGUUAGUAAAUUGUGAAAGUUAUACGUAUUUAAAAGUACAGAGUUUUUUUUUUGUUGAUGUGUCAAUAAAAUCUACUUGGUGAAUAUUUUUACUAAGCUACAAAAUUAUUUUAUACCAAAUAAUUAGACUUUUAUAGUGAAAACAUUUAUCACACAUUUAGUCAUUAGUUUACUUGGUCAUGGGUUUUCUGGUAUUACUCUCCAUUGUUUAAUCACGGGUUGAAAAUUAAGUGCUUGUGCGUUGGAUGAACUGAAGUGGGAGCAGGACUACACAUCAUAGGACACAGCUUUGGGGCACAUUUGGGGUUUUUCUUUACACUAUUGUACCCUGAGAGAAUUAAAAAACUAGUUCACUUGGAUGACAGCCUCGAGGUUUAUCAAAAAAGAAGAGCUCAUUCAUAGAAUCAGGGAGGAACAAAAUACAGCAGCAGAAGCUGUACUUAGUAAAAUUAUGUGUCCUCACAUCCGUGUUUACUGCAUUAAACCUCACAUGGUGUAAACCAUACAUUUUUCUAGCUCUUUCUCUAUUUUAUU